AUGUUUAAAUUAUUUUUAUAUCUCUUUAUCUGGUUUUGUAUUUACACCAAGACUGGGGCAAGUGACGCAUAUAUUGAGAAUUUUAAUGAUCUUAAUGAUAUCUCUCAGUGGCAAGAACAUUCCGAUACUGUACAAAAUGUGGGUAAAUCUAAAGGAUCUUUGGUUCUUUUAAAAACUACCACUUUUCAAACAGCUGUACUUUUUACUCUCCUAAAUCCUCAACCUUGUGGAGCUGCGUUUGCAGGUGUGAGAAAAGUUGUAAAUCUUGAUUUAAGCCCUUACAGAAGUAUCAUACUGAAAGGCAGAGGUCAAGGUUCUUACAACGGCUACAAAUUUAUUCUUCACGAAAAUAAAUACAAUUAUUCAUUUUGUCACUUUUUUCAGGUUUCUGGAGAUAUGAAUGAAAUAAUUCUCAAUUUAAAAGAAUUCAAACCCUACUACGCAGGUAAAAUUAUCAAUGAUCCGAAAGUACAUUUAGACCUAACAAAGAUCACAUCAAUUGGAAUCCAAGCUUAUGGGGGUGUAUAUUUGCCCAUUAAACAGUCAGGAGCUGCUAGUUUGGAAAUCGCGUGGAUUAAAAAAGCAUAA